UGACAAAUACGUAUAGAGUUGAAUAUUUCAUUACAAGUGUCAAUAAAUUUGCUACGAGUAGGUAUCGUACUCACAUUCAACAUUUAUUUGUUAAUAAGUAAUCAAAACUAUAUAAGUGAGAUCCAGAGUCAUUAUACUUCGGCCUGAUUUCAUUCAAAACGUCCAGUAUGACUGCGUAAUGACAAUUUUAUCAGGAUUAAUUAAAAAGCUUAUAAAACAUAACAGAUUACGAAACUGAAAAACCUUAUAAACUGGUUGAAGUUUAACAUAAUCUUACGAUUACGAAAACGUUCAUACUUUAAGGCACUACACGACAGGAUAAAACAUAAGGUUGAACUUUGUCAUUAGAAAUGUCCUUAAAAUACAUCCUUUAAUCAUAUCAUAUUUACACAGACAGGCAUAUGUGAGUGAGAUAAAGAAAGAAUAUACACCAAAAGAAAACAGAAGAAAUAAUGGUAUAAAGACAAAAACAAAAUAUCAGGAAUAAAACAGAAUGGCGGACGAGAAUGGAAAUAUAUGGUGGGAACCAGUUUGCGGUUCCAGCGAUUUUAACAAUGAUUCGGAUACUUGGGCUUUUUGGAGUUUCAGUAUGACUGUCAAUAACACGGAUCCUGAUUUCACUCAAUGUUUUCAACACACAGUUUUAUCAUGGGCCCCGUGUGCUUGGCUGUGGUUGUGUUCAAUAUUCUAUCUGCCUUACCUGAUCAACCGAAAAACUGCCAAUCCUAGAUUGAGAGAGCAUAGCGCCUUGAACAUAACAAAAACGGUAGUCUGCGUUUUCAUAUGUUUAUUGGUGUUGCUGGAUCUAGCCAAGGCGAUAGCUGAGAAUGUAGAUGGUCUAACGCCAAGGGUAGCAAUGUAUAUCUCACCUGCAGUAUACUUACUGACCUUUGCGUUGGCUGCAUUUAUCAUUUACCUAGAGUUCACAAAAGGUGCACAUUCAUCUGGUGUUAUCUUCGUGUUCUGGAUCCUUCUUUUGUUGUUUGGUGUGGUACCCUUCAGAACAAAUAUUCUAGAUGCAAUGAGAGAGGGAAGAGUAACCGACUCAUUCCGCUUUGUAACCUUCUACAUUUUCUAUGCCCUUGUGCUCCUCGAGUUUGUUCUACAUCUAUUUGCCGACGCUGCAGCCAUUCCUGGUAUAAAGCCAGUUGAUGAAGAAAAGCAACCUUUACUGCGACCUGUUGCUGAUACAAAGAACAAAGUUAUUUACAAAAAUCCAUGCCCAGAGCUUAAAGCGUCGUUCAUAUCGAGAGUAACAUUCUGGUGGAUAACAGGCUUGAUCAUCCGUGGCUACAAAAAAGCUCUUACAUUUACUGAUCUUUGGGAUUUGAAUGUCGAAGAUAAGACUAAGAGCGUUUGGCCAACCUUUGAACAAAAUUGGGAUAAAGAAAUUGAUAAAUACAAGGAAGCAACGAGCGCAGUUCCACAUUACAAGUUUCCAAAGCAAGUUGUAAAGGCCCAACCAGGAAGGCCUGGUCGACCAACAAAUGGUGGACCUGAGCAGUCUAAACAGAAAACAGAUGAUGUUAACAUUGACCCGCAUGAAAAUAUAGAUCCAGUAAUAAUGAAGGCCUUUAAAACUGGAUCACUUUUUAAGGCAAUUUCAAAAACAUUUGGGAGCAAAUAUCUACUCUCUGGUUUUUAUAAACUCAUCUAUGAUUUAGUGAGCUUCGUCAAUCCUCAGAUCCUUAAUUUGCUCAUUGCCUUUGUUGGAAGUGGGGAUCCUUUCCUGUGGCGGGGCUACAUCUACGCUGUGUCCUUAUUUGUUGUUUCCGUCUUCAAAUCAAUUAUGUUUCAACAAUAUUGGCACGGCUGUUAUGUUACUGGUUUGAGAGUAAGAACAGCAGUUAUAGCAGCGGUGUAUAGGAAGUCUAUUCGAUUGAACAACGCGGCCAAAAAGAGCUCAACCGUAGGUGAAGUUGUCAAUCUGAUGGCAGUUGACUCUCAGAAGCUUCUGGAAGCUCCACCAUUUCUUCACAUGGUUUGGUCAGCGCCAUUUACAAUUGCCGUUGCCAUAUACUUCUUAUGGCAACAGUUGGGACCUUCUGUACUUGCUGGAUUAGGCGUGACUAUUUUGAUGGUACCAAUCAAUGGAUUCAUUGCUACUAGAAUCCGAAAGUAUCAAAUAGCCCAGAUGCGUUUGAAAGAUGGUAGAAUAAGGCUCAUGAACGAGGUUUUGAGCGGUAUGAAAGUCUUGAAGCUCUACGCAUGGGAAGGAGCGUUCCAGGACAAGAUUCUAGAGAUAAGAAACAGGGAAAUUGCAGUACUUAAAUCUAGUGCUAUUCUGCAAGCAGUCAGCUCUAUCUCUUGGUUCUGCGCUCCAUUCCUGGUUGCUCUAGCUUCGUUUGGGACAUUUGUGUCUGUCUCGGAGACCAACAUACUAACAGCACAGAGGGCUUUUGUAUCUCUGUCACUUUUCAACAUUAUGAAUUACCCGAUGUCUAUACUCCCUGCUACCAUUACGUACGCUGUUCAGGCGGCAGUAUCUAUCGGACGUCUUGGACGAUUCUUGAAAAACCCUGAACUCGAUCCCGAUAACGUUAGCUAUGAGUCUAAUUACGAGAGCGUAAUGACAAUUGAUGAUGGCACAUUUGCCUGGGACAAAGAUGAGGAGCCUAUUUUAAACAAUAUUAACAUAAAAAUCCCCGAUGGCAAGUUAGUGGCAGUGGUUGGGAUGGUGGGGUGUGGGAAGUCGUCUCUGAUGUCAGCUAUCCUUGGUGAUAUGGAUGUCAUCAGUGGAAAAGUUUCCCUACGUGGCUCUAUUGCAUAUGUCCCUCAACAGGCUUGGAUUCAGUUCAAUACUUUAAAGAAUAACAUAAUCUUUGGUGCGCACGAGGAUAAGAACAAAUAUGAUAAAAUCAUCAGUGCAACAGCCCUAAAAGCUGACUUAGAGAUACUACCAGGCGGUGAUCAAACCGAGAUUGGAGAAAAGGGCAUCAACUUGAGUGGGGGUCAGAAGCAGAGAGUGAGUCUCGCCAGGGCAGUGUAUCAAGACAAGGACAUCUAUCUGUUGGACGAUCCUCUUAGCGCUGUCGAUUCACAUGUUGGCAAACAUAUAUUUGACAAUGUCAUUGGCCCAAAGGGAGUACUGAAAAACAAAACAAGGAUUCUCAGCACAAAUGCAAUCAACAUACUUCCCAAGUGUGACGAAAUCAUAGUAUUGAACAAUGGUCGAAUCUCAGAGAUAGGACCAUAUAAUGAACUUUUGGAAAAGGCAGGGGCAUUUUCUGAAUACAUCGCCACUUACCUCAACGAGAAUGAAAGUGACGAUGACGAGAGUGACGAAGAAAUUAUACAGCAAAAACAAGAACUAAAACGCUUGGUUUCUCAAACGGGGAUGUCAUCUGGAAAGUCUGAUGGAGAGACUGAGAGUAUGCGAAGUGGAAGCAUACACAGUGGAGGUCGGGGCAGCGUAAGACGAAGACGGUCCAGUCGUCGAAAAAGAACUAUUUCCACAAAAUCUGGUGGUUCUGUUGCGGAGGAAGACUUGGAAGCCAUUAAGAAAUCGGAAAAGAAAAACAAACUUGUACUGGACGAAGUUGCCCAGGAAGGAAGCGUGAAAGCGUCUGUGUUCCUUGGAUACCUCAAAGCAUGUCGUAUUGCUUAUUGCAUCGUUGCUCUCAUUGCCUAUCUCGCAUACAUGGCCUGCCAAGUUGGUACAAAUAUCUGGCUCAGUGAGUGGAGCAACGAUCCACCACUACUUGUGAAUGGUACUCUGGUCCAAGAUAAACCGCAAACCAACUUGAGACUCGGCGUUUAUGGAGCGUUUGGAGCUGGUUCUGCAAUCACUGUUCUGAUUCAGUCGUUGGUCAUUGCACUCGGAUCCAUAUUUGCAUCAAUUACGUUACACGCUGAUCUCUUACACGCCAUCGUGAGGGCUCCCAUGGCAUUCUUUGACACGACCCCUCUUGGCAGGCUCAUUAAUCGCUUCUCAAAGGACGUGGACACGAUUGACAUCAACAUUCCUAUGACUCUGAGAAUAGCAUUGGCAACCUUGGCAUCUGUGAUUAUGACAAUCAUCGUCAUCAUAUAUACCACACCUAUCUUUGUGGUUGUUAUAUUACCGUUAUCUGUUUUCUAUUUCUUUGUGCAGAGAUUCUACGUUGCGACAUCACGGCAAUUGAAACGUUUGGAGUCAGUCAACAGGUCACCUAUAUAUUCCCACUUUAGCGAGACCGUUGUUGGAACUAGCUCAAUAAGGGCAUAUGGAAAGGUCGGCGACUUUGUUCUCAAAUCUGACGAUUUGGUUGACGAGAACCAAAAGGCUUACUAUCCCAACAUAGUCUCAAACAGGUGGCUUGGUAUUUCUUUGGAGUUUAUAGGGAACAUCAUCGUUCUGUUCGCUGGCUUGUUUGCUGUAUUGGGAAGAGAAACGCUAAACGCAGGUCUCGUCGGCUUAUCCGUAUCAUACUCAUUACAGAUAACAUCAGCAUUGAAUUAUAUGGUGCGAAUGGCCACAGAUCUUGAAACAUUCGUGGUGUCAGUCGAAAGAGUAAAGGAGUAUUCCGAAGUUGCAAACGAGGCCCCUUGGGAAGUUCCAGGUAAUACACCUUCCGAUGCAUGGCCCGAGGCAGGGGCAAUAGAUUUUGAUGAUUAUAGUGUACGGUACAGAGAUGGUCUUGAUUUAGUCCUCAGAGGCAUAACAUUCAACGUGAAGCCUGGUGAAAAGGUUGGAAUCGUCGGUCGAACUGGUGCCGGGAAAUCUUCAUUGACGCUUGCCUUAUUCCGAAUUAUAGAAGCAGCUGGCGGGAGUAUCAUCAUAGAUGGCAAGAAUGUGUCUCACAUAGGACUUCAUAGCCUUAGAUCAAAACUCACUAUUAUCCCUCAGGAACCUGUAUUAUUUUCUGGGUCACUGCGGAUGAAUCUUGAUCCUACAGACAUCAGAGGUGAUGAUGAAAUAUGGGAUGCCUUGGAGCAUGCUCAUCUGAAGGAGUUUGUUGUAAGCUUACCUGACAAGCUUAUGCAUCCUUGUAGCGAGGGAGGUGAAAACCUAAGUGUUGGUCAGCGGCAGCUAGUGUGCCUGGCCAGGGCGUUGUUGAGAAAGACAAAGAUAUUGAUUCUCGAUGAAGCCACGGCUGCAGUUGACCUCGAAACUGACGAUCUCAUUCAGAAUACAAUCAGAACUGAAUUUAAGGACAGUACAAUAGUGACAAUAGCCCACAGGCUGAAUACAAUCAUGGAUUAUGAUAGAAUCUUGGUACUCGAUGCAGGGAAGACUAAGGAAUACGACAGUCCAACAGCAUUACUUGCUGAUAAGUCAACUGUAUUUUAUGGAAUGGCAAAAGACGCUGGACUAGUGUAAUUAUGACAUCACAAUGCUAAAAAUGACGGAUUAUCGAAGGGCAAGUCGAUGUAGAAUGGCGGUCGUGACAAUUUAACAGACAGAAUUGUAACAGAAAAGGAUGUACACAUUACGACGUAGAACGUUGAGUACGCUUGCUGUCUGAACAAGACAGAUGCAAAUUAACAUUAUUUACUAAAUAAAAACUCUAAAAUGCAUUCACAUGCAAAAAAUACUAUUUGAUGACAGCAUUUCCGAGAGAUUAGCCAAGGGGACAUUCAUGAGGUAACAUCGGACAAUGUGCAAAGAACUUUCCCUUGGGAAAGGGAUCAACUGAAAUCAACAGCUGUAUAUUAUUGACAGCUGCAAAUAGUAUAUCAAAUAAAAAUAUAUAACAUUUUAUAAAUUAUUCAAAAAAGUAUGCAACAUUGGAACAUUCUAUUUUAAAAGAAUGCGUUUAUUUUAGGGGGAAACAAAAUAACUAAAGUGGAUCUUCGACUCACUUUUCUUUAUGAUUCAUGUUGCCACGGUGACAAACAACACAUCUAGGGAUGUUUUUUUAUAUCUAGCUUGACGUCAUAUUCAGUCAUUACAUGAUGUACGUUGAAACAAUCCAAAUGAAAUGUGAGCUUCACAUCCUUGUUUAAAAAGAUAUGGACCUCAUGUAACUUUCCAAAUCAUCAUGCCAAACUAUUGUUAAACCGAAAAAAAUUAGCCUAUCCAGAAAUAAGUUGAAAUCAGUUGUUAUAAGCAGGGUAAAGUGCGUUUUGUAUGUGUUUGACUUAGUAUCUUAAAAUAUAGUUUUUCCAACGAUUGUCGACAGGAAUUCUUUAUUACUUUUUGAAGUUUGGAUAAACUGUCCCAUGGUUCUUUUCGACAUUCGUGAUCUGUUCAGUAAUUUGACACAAUGGGGAGCAAUGACCUCCAAAAGUGGUUACUUAUUGAUGGCCUCUCCUUUAAAAGGUUGACGACCCCGACUUCUCCUUGAAAGUGUUAUUAUCCCACCGAUUGAAGUUCGAGAGGGAUAUAUAAAACCCCUCUUUUCGUCUGUUUGUCCGUCCGUCCAUUUGUUCGUUCGUCUGUCCAGCGAUACUCAGCUACCGGUUGACGGAUCAGGUUAAGAUUUCAUAAAGGUUUAAAACCUCUUUUCGAUAAGGAAUUUUCACUAUGGCCGAGUAAUUUUAAAGUGAUUGGCAUUUUUCAUAAAAAAUGUAAUACUUGAUAGCUAACUGAGCGAUUUGGUUAAACUCCUUCAUAUGUUUAUGCCUAUGGACAAAAAGGAACUUUGCGUAAGAAUCGAUUUUCAAGAUGGCUUCUGAAUUUUAAAGUGACCAUAACUUAACGGAUUUGAUAUAUUAUGUGCUCAUACCUAGGGACACGAGAGCUAUGCUAAGGAAGAUGGCAGCUGAAAAUUAAAAAAUCACAUUUUACAACCCAUGCAAAUACCAGUGGACGGAAGAAUUUGGUUCAAAUGUUAUAUGCUGAUGCCUAACGACAAAGGAGCUUUCCCCGAGAAGAAAUUUUCAAGAUGAAAGCUGAAUUUCAAAAUGGCCGCCAUUUUUGUAAAAAUGCGUUUUAUAACUAAAAUACCA